CAUCAAUUAAAAGCUUCCCUUUUUUUUUUAAAUCACCCUUGUUUCCAAUUUGCCUUUUAGAUGCCCAGUGUAACGGUGAAAGAUGUCAACCAGCAAGACUUUGUUAAGGUUUUAUCAGCUUUUCUGAAAAUAUCUGGAAAACUGGAGAUUCCUGAGUGGGUUGUCACGGUGAAGCUCGUCAGGCACAAGGAGCUUGCCCCCUGUGAUGACAACUGGUUUUACACCAGGGCAGCAUCUACUGCUCGUCAUCUGUACCUGAGAGGGGGUGUGGGUGUGGGCUCAAUGAUCAAGAUCUAGGGUGGGCGUCAGAGGAACGGUGUAUGCCCCGCCCACUUCAUCAUAGGCUCCAGGAACGUGGCAAAGAAGGUCUUCCAGGCUCUUGAGAGCCUCAAGAUUGUGGAAUAAGACCCAAAUGGAGGUCGUCCACUCACACCACAGAGCCAGAGGGAUUUGGACAGGUUUGCUGGUCAGGUGGGUUUGAAACGUGGGAAACAUUUAGUUUUUUUUGCUGUAAAUUCUUUAUUUAAAAUGUGGGACUUUCUUUUACACUUUUUAUUUGAAGGUGGGAAAAUGGCGACAGCUCACAAUGUUGCCCUCAUUAUAUAA